UCACUUUCACCCUCCGUCUUCCGGUGCUAAACAUUCCUGUGCGGUGAGGAAGCCCAAUCGCCGAUUGCGGCCGCCUCGGCGUUUCGAUUUCGCAUUUUGAUAUCUCAAUUCUCGAAAAAUGUCUCCAAGAGGUCCUCCUCGCUCUCCUUUGCAGCCGCUCUCUCCCACUAGAAUGGAGUCCUUACAGAUCCCCUCGCAGCAGCGUCGGCCAGUCCGAUCUCAUGGUUCGGGACAACCAGUCGGACAGUUGAAGCUACCAUCACUGCCUCGCUUCCAUCCGGCGAAUUUUCCAUCAAACCAGAAUAGCAGCGCCAGCAAUACUCCUCCGACUGUUUCCAAUACUCCGACCGCUCCCGUCUCGCCCCGGAUGCAGCACAAGCAGUACUCUGACGCCCAGCGCCAGCUCUACAUCUACCAACGUGAGCUCAUUGCUGCCAACGCCAGGAACCACAAAUCUGCCGAUGGCCCGGAUCCCGCGAGCCCUCGUCUCUGUCCUCUAGGCAGUCCCGGUCCAGUUACGCCGUUGGAACUUGAGCAACAACAGCAUGCCGGUGGCUACUUUCUUGCUGGCACUGGAGCUCCGCCUACUAAAACCUCCCAGAAUGACCUCGUCGAAAAAUUGAUCAGAGAAGAAGCUCAACGUCGUGGUGAUAUGGGACAUCAGAUGCGUGCUAGGCCAGUCGCCAGCCGCUAAUGCUUACACACACACACACACACACACACACACACACACACACACACACACACACACACACACACACACACACACACACACACACACGUAAAAUCUGAAAAGACAUCAUACAUGGCGGCGUUUCAUCAUGGCUUCCACAUGUG